GGACUCCGGGCAGAGGCACAUCGAGCUGGACUCCGGGCAGAGGCACAUCGAGCUGGACUCCGGGCAGAGGCACAUCGAGCUGGACACCGGAUCACCAGGCGGAGCAGCAGGCACCAGACCACCAGGCGGAGCAGCAGGCACCGGGCCACCAGGCGGAGCAGCAGGCACCGGGCCACCAGGAGGGGCGACAGGCAUCGGGCCCCCAGGAGGGGCGACAGGCAUCGGGCCCCCAGGAGGGGCGACAGGCAUCGGGCCCCCAGGAGGGGCGGCGGGCACCGGGCCCCCAGGCGGAACGACAGGCAUCGGGCCCCCAGGCGGGGCGGCAGGCGCCGGGCCCCCAGGCGGGGCGAC